AUGGCUCCCACCAAUACUUCCCACAGACAGACUCAUAAUCUGCUCUUGAUCUCAAAGCUUCUCAGUCUCAGAGAUACCGCGUCACCCCUCGCGCUGGUACUGGAUUCUCUAGAGCAGCCCGCAACACCGCUAAUCAAGGAAUAUAUCCGGCGCGCAAAGCUAUCUAAAGUCCAUAUCACGUUUGUCGCAUUCGAGACGCUUCAGCCAUUGGAGGGCGUCGACGCCUUUGUUGCAGCUCGAAAGAAAAGUCCCUUGGAAAUAGUUAGGGCCGUCAAUGCAGCUCACACAAAUGUCUCUACCAGCGGUCCCGUCCGCAGGCGCCUGAUCCUGAUCGAUGCCAUUAACCCACUUCUCCAUGCGCGAAGAACCGACGCACACUUCAACAUAUCCUCAUUCCUGAGCUCAUUCCUCAUGCCCCAGAGCCCAACAGCCUCCAAAGUUGAAGCCUCGCUCGUCGUCACUUUCCACCAAGAUGUCCCUAGCCCGCCCCCUCCGUCGCCUUACACCCCAUCGCCCCUCUCCAUGUUGACCUACCUCGCAACCACCAUCGUCCGCCUUCACUCGUUCUCUCACAUAUUAGCUCAGAAGGCUGCUCGUGAUAGGAGUCUGGUUCCGCCCGUUUUUGGUCUGGAAGAGGAGCAAGACGGCGUGCUGCUGGGCAGGUUAGACAAGCCUGUCGGCAAUGAUUCAGCCCAAGGUGUGGUACUAGAGCUGGAGCACCGAAGAAAGAGUGGCCGUGGCGUUCUGGAGUGGUACAUCCUCCCGCCAGCUUCGCACUAUCCUCGGCAGUAUGCAAAGGAAAUCGUAACGUUAUUGGACGAUCACCCCUUGUAUCGCCCACCACAGGAGCCAAGUUUCGGUGCCGGAGAAGAAGAACCCGAAUCGACUUUCGAGCUUCGUCUUACAGAUAGACAGAGAAGGGAUCGUGAGGGUGUGGUGCUGCCGUACUUCGAUGCACAGCAGGGUGACGGUCCAGGCGAAGGAGGCCGGAUUUUGUACGAUAUGGGUGAGGAAGACGACUUUGAUGAGGAGGAGGAUGAGAUCUGA